AUGGGAGUUGAAAUGCCGCAUUCAUUCAUGAAAUCAUGACGCCUUUCUCUCUCAUCUCAUUUCAUCAAACCGUAAAACCGGCAAUGCUUGAAUUCACGUCUAUUUAAAGUCAGUUCAUUUCAGACUCUCUCUCUGAACUCCACGUCUGCUUGGUCACCGACGCCCUAGAUCUCUGCAAUGGCCGUAGCAUCUCCGAGCAAAGAGAAGGCCGAACCUUCUCAGUCAAUUGAGUCCAUUCCUUCUUCUCCAUUGGUUUCGAAAUCGGGUUCAGACUCCGGUUCUGAAACCUCGUCUUUAGGUGUUGUUGAUCCCUCUGAUCGUAACGAGCAAUCUGAUUCGUCGGUUAACCACCGUAAAGAUGUUGAAAUCCAGUCUGCAGCAUCUUUGAGAAGUGAAGAGUAUCGGCAACUGUUUCGUCUUCCACCUGACGAAGUCCUUGUUCAAGACUUCAAUUGUGCCCUCCAAGAGAAUAUCCUUCUUCAGGGUCAUAUGUACUUGUUUGUUCAUCAUAUUUGCUUUUAUUCUAACAUUUUUGGGUUUGAGACAAAGAAAAUAAUCACCUUCCAUGAGGUCACAUGUGUACGGAAAGCAAAGACAGCAGCAAUCUUCCCUAAUGCCAUAGAAAUUCUAGCUGGGGGGAAAAAGUACUUCUUUGCGUCUUUUCUGUCCCGCGAUGAAGCUUAUCGUCUGAUUGUUGAUGGAUGGGCUCAACAUAAUGAUCGCGUGAAUGCCCAAAUAGAUUGCCAGGAGUCAAAAUCUGACAAUGGCAGCCAAGAUGCCCUUGUUAUAUUUGAAAACUCCAAGAGCUUCAAACGACAAACUAACGACCUUUAUUCCAUGGACAGAAACAAAGAUUCUCGGGUUCUAGAAGAAUGUAACCGUCUAUCCAAUGGUGAGGAUGAUAUAAGUGUAUCAACAAGACAUUCAGAAACACUAGAGAAUGGAGAAGAAGAUCUAGAACCUGUUGCAAAUGCUGAGACUUUGCUGUCUAGAAAGCCUUUCAUAUGGAAGCCUGAGGAUGCCAAUGCCCCUAAGAUACCUGAGUGUUAUACAUUGGUUGCAGAGUCAAAAUUUCCGAUUCAGCUAGAGGAGUUUUUCAAUCUCUUUUUCUCAGAUGAAGCUGUUAAUUUUCUUGAAUCAUUUCAUACAAGAUGCGGAGCCAAAGAGUUUAGGUGCACUUCAUGGUAUGAAGAGCAAUUUGGAUAUGCACGUGAUGUAUCAUUUCAGCAUCCAAUAAAACUGUAUUUCGGUGCGCGAUAUGGUCACUGCCAGGGGAUACAGAAAGUUAGAGUUUACCGAGACAGACAUAUGAUUGUUGAGACAUCACAAGAAAUCAGCGAUGUACCUUAUGGGGAUUAUUUCCGUGUUCAGGGGCUUUGGGAUGUGAAGAGCACUGGUGAUGAAGGAAAUAGUUAUUGUAUUUUGCAUGUCUACAUAAAUGUGGCAUUUUCUAAGAAAACUAUGUGGAGAGGGAAAAUAGAGCAGUCCACAGCAGAUGAAUGCCGAGAUGCUUAUUCAAUUUGGAUAAACAAUGCACAUGAAUUGUUGAAGCAGAAGCACCUUACGAGACAGGAAGAUCGGGCUGCUAAUGGAGUUGAAACUGAUGCUGCUCAAGUGGAUAGGCACACUAAAAUUGAAGAAUCUUCAGAAGGGUUACAUGAUGCAAGGAAUCAUGCAGGGCACCCACAGUUGGCUUCUGAUUCUAUGGACAGUAAUAGGCAAUUUGGAAAUCCAUUGCAAGGAAUUUUGAAUGACACAACCUCCGUUUCAUCUUUAUCUAAAGAAUUGUUGACAACACUAUGUUCCUAUUUGAGAAGUCGAAGCCACCUUCCUCUAAUUUUGGUUAUCACCUCAGUUUUGAUACUGCUUUUGAUGCAGCUUAGCAUAGUUGUGCUAUUAACUAGAGCCCCUCAAGUACAUAUUAUUCCUCAAGUGGAUUAUAUAAACUCUAUUGGUAGUCGUGGCAAUGGAGCGGAGGAAAUAGCUUUGUUAGAGAAGCGGGUUCACCUCCUCAGCGAUGAAAUGGUUGUGGUUGGGACCCGAUUAGAGAAGUUGCACCAGGAGUACCUAGAGUUGAAAGCACGCCUACAUGACCUUAAACAGUUCAAGAAACAAAGAUGAGUACCGCCAAUGUGAAACUCAACUGUAUAUAUAAUAUAAAUCUUUCUGCAUGUAAAAUCCAAUGGGAAUUGUUCCUUUUCUUUUGUAAAUCAACAGAAAGGGUGCUCCUCUAAAAGAUCUCAUUGAUUAUUGACAGAAUCUUCUCUGAUAGUAUUCUAUUUUCUCUUUAAUUUUAUUUCCAUGGCCUCUAUAUUGUAUUACAAAUAAUGAACCAUUUUUCGGUCCAUCAUUCUCUACCCAAAUGAACCUGAUUUCAUAUCUGAGAUCAA